AAGGCCAAGCCUCUCACGAGAAGAGGAAAUCGGUGAAAGUUUGCCCGCUGUACGUCUCGCGAUCUCUUUCAGCAUGCAGGUGUCUUUUGCGCUCGUGCACUGCGGCGCGCGGCUGCUGCUGCUGCUGCUACUGCAGGGAUGUUUCACAGCUGCGCACGGAUGGAGGGUUUUUAAAAAUGAUGCUACAGAAAUUAUACCAGAAUACACGGAGGACACGCAGCGACCCGAGGAGCAGAUGCCAUCUGACAAUAACACACUAAACCGGGCGAAGAACGGCGGGAGGAGGUCAUCCGCCAACUCACAUACUUAUGAAGCCUCUGAACUAAGCUGCAGGGAGCUGCGCUCUACGCGCUACAUUACCGACGGAUCUUGCCGCAGCGUCAAGCCGGUGAAGGAACUGGUGUGUUCUGGUCAAUGCCUUCCAUCUCACCUGAUGCCAAAUUCAAUUCUGAGGGGAAAAUGGUGGAGGAGCAGUUCGUCUGAUUACCGCUGCAUCCCCGCUCACUCCCGCACUCAGCGGAUACAGCUCCAGUGUCCAAAUGGACCGAACAGGACGUACAAAAUCCGAGUAGUCACCUCUUGCAAGUGCAAACGCUACACUCGCCAUCACAACCAAUCAGAUGGCAAAGAGUCUGCUUCCCAGAAGCCCCGGCGCAAUAAAAAACCCACACGCCUUCAGCAGGGACGUGGACGGAGCAAAACACCCGCCAUCAACAGCAAUUCGUACUGAGGAGAUAGUCUUUGCUGUGUGUGGACUGAAUAAUCUCUCUCUUGCUGAUAUACACGCACACACACACACAUACAAAUACACCUAUAUACACACAUACUUCUGAGACGGCCAUCCUCAACUACAAGGGGAAGAAAGGAAAAAAAGCACUACAUGAAUGACCAUUUUCAAUGUAUUUCAGAUGUCUCUGUUUGUAUGUGCUUUCAAGCCAAAAUAGUCCCAGUAAGAGAGAUGUUUGAUUAAAAAACUCGAGAGGACUAAUGGAAUUUUGAGUGAAAUAUGGAUAUGCUGUUGUGACAGAUUAGUUCAGGGAACGUCAUAGUCGAUCAAUUCAUGAUAUAUUUGAGGAAGGAAUAUCUCCUCAGGAAUAACUCCCCAAACUCUUGCCUAAGCAGUUCAUUUCUAGUUUGAAGUUCAAUGCAAGGUUAAGCUAACCAAGGUCAACCACCAAACGCUACAGACAUGUCACUGAUGUGAAUGUUUGAAUAAACAGAAUUUGCAUCCUCUUUUGGGACAAGCUGCAACGUAUGAUUUGACUGUCCGCCGUUGUUGAGCCCAAGAGACAUGCUGCUGUUGACAGAUUGCUGAGGCCCAAAAUUCUUAACCUUGGUCAUUUAACCAACCCAUGAGUCCUUUUGACAGGUUGGGGAGCCGAGCCAGUCAUUAUGCGAAUUUCUGCAACUUCACAUUUCCACAAGAAACUUAUCGGAACUGGCAGUUAGGGCCGCGUUACGGAGAGUUUGAAAAGUUGUGUCAGCCCUCCAAGGUCCAAGUCCCAAGAGGUCAAAAACCGCAAUCGGUAUUACUGUGACUUGUCCUAAUUACCAAAUAGUUCCAUUCCUGUGUUUAGGAUUUGAGUCAUAAAAAGCCAUUUCCUCUUGACAUGGUCAGUUCCUGUUUGUUAGAACACCCGAAAAGAGGCCCACAUGUGCGCAAGAAUCUGCAGCGCCUCGUGUUACCUUGCGGGCACAGAACUUUGCUGCACCCUUUUUCAAUGGAAACCAUUUGGAGAUAUUCAGCCAUCUGCAAUCACUAGAAGAUAUCUAAAUUGUUACCUACAUCCAUUACCAAACUAUUCAGUGAAGAUCAUCCAUCCUGUGUCCUCAUCUGGUUUCUGACAGGAACGAUAAGACAAAUGAAAAGUAUAUCUAGCUUUGAGUUUUUUUUGGCUGGAUGAUAUUGCACAGGAUGAAGAAGACAAAGAAUGCCAAAUUGAACAGACCACAAACCCGGCCAAUGCACAAUCCCGACUUCAGUUCAUUUUGUGGCAUUUUCUGCUCAUGACCUCUGUUUUCUAAACAGCCCUGACAUUGUUUGCUAAUUUUUCAACAGCGUAUUUGAAAUAGCAACUGGAAGGGAUUUUUCUUGCGUAAACAGAGUUGCCAUAAAUAGCAAUGUACAUACUGUACCUGUGUGGUCUUUUCUUGAGGUAUCCUCUGAACGAAGGAGUCCUCGACAAACAGAUCCACACCCUCUCCGACCAAAAGACUGUUACAAAGAACUGCAUAUUUAUUUUUUUGAAUUUCAACAUUUUAAUUAUUUAUGCAAUCCUUUUGUAGAAAAUAAUAGCCAUUUUUGUACUAUAUGUAAUUAUAGUGAAUUUCAUAACAAAAGAAGACAUGAAUAAAGUUAAGCAACCUA